CUGCCUGAGUGUUGAAAGCAGACAGUGAAACUUCUGGGGGAAACAGCUGGUGGGAGGUUGAGCCAAGGAGCUCCCUGGACCUGAGUGAGCAGGCACAGGAACACAGACAGGGCUGUGAGGACAGGUAAGUGCUUUCAGUUGGGUUAGAACUCCUGGGGGAGAUUGUGCUCGGGAGAGACAGGGAACUAGAUUCGCAUCCUGUCCUUUCUGUUCAUCACCUGCAUGAACUGCAUCGACAGCAUCACGCUCCUGCAGCUUGGCAUCAAGAGCGUUUGGGGACCUGCCUUCCAAUGGACAUCGUUAUUCACAAAAGAAAGGAAGCUGGACGCACGGACCAGAAAGAUGAUGACGUGCUGGUUGCUGUGCCUAAGGAAGCCACAGUUCUUGGGACCAUCCAGAUACUGUGCGCCCUGACGAUUGCAAGCUUUGGGGGCAUUUUUGUGUCAGCUUCCUACUCUUCCUACAUCAACCCAGCAGCCUUCACCACUUUGAUGUUCGGGUACCCAUUUUUUGGAUCCCUGUGUUUUGCCUUUGUUGGAUCUCUCUCAAUAAUCUCCGGGAAAAUCUCAAUCAAACCCUUUGCACUGAGCAGCCUGGCCUCCAAUGCGGCAAGCUCUGUUGUUGCUGCCAUUGGCCUCUUCCUCCUCACCCAUAACCUCAUAGCCCUGGGGACUGCCUCUCCACGUUGCAGUCCAGAAAAGAGAUUUCUGGCCUUAUUUCUUUAUUCGGAAUCCCACUAUUGGAUGAAUGAAGACAAGAACUGUCUCCUCGCUUAUGUCAGUGCCAUGAGUGGGCUGGCGUUGAUGCUCAUCUUCACUGUGAUGGAGUUUUUGCUAGCCGCGUACAGUUCUGUCUUUUGGUGGAAGCAAGUCUAUUCCAACAAGUCUGGGAGUACGUGUUUCAUGCCUGAGUCACAAGAUCAACUUGUCAAAAGCAGUUCGUUGAAGCCAUGAGGAAGAAACACAGCAGAAGAAGGAAGAAAACCGGCACUCAUGGCAGAGCACAGCUGGACGUUCCUGAAAUCUCAGCCUUGGGAGAUCCAAAU